UGCACACCUUGGCACGGCUGAGUCAUGUCAGAGCGAGAGUGAUGUCCUCUCCUGUCCCUCUCGGUGGCAGGAUCUAGGGGGCUACUGCGAGUACGACUAGUACUCCCGGCGAGGCCAAGCCUGGCACGGCACAAGUUUUUUGUGCAUAAGAAUGUUUCGGAAUAUGCAUCAUCUGACCUCAUUGCAGCGUUUUCACUUCGGGCCCGGAGCUUAUAAACCACGCGCUUGCUCCACAGUGCAGAUGUACGUUUGGGAGGGAGCAGUGGAGCAGUCUCGCCGAGCUCUUAUAGGCAGUUUCCAGCUUCCAAUUUUCUGAGUCCGUCGGUAAUCGUUUGCACAGAUCAGCGAAGUUCCUGAAUGAGUGAGGGACAGCAGUUUCUGGGCUCGAUUUCACUUCAUUGCGGCCGGCUCUUUAGCAGAUCGGUAGAUCAACUGAAUAUGGAACAAGGACAUCAACUUCCACCUUAUGCCAUCCCUGGACAGACAGAACGCUGGGACUUGCGAGACUCCAUGCAGCGCAAUUGAUUUCAGCUUCUAGGCCGAUGCACGGAUGAGUGUCCCCGGACAAAGUCGCAGUUCAUGUUCCUUCACUCGAUAGGCGCACGCAGCAAAGGUCAGAUGGAGUAAGGAAGAGAGAGAGGCUCACAGGUCGUCGUUCGUGGUCGGCUGACGAGCUCCGCAUUGCCGGGAUUGCAGCUUCUCUUGAUCAUGAGUAAAAAGAGAAGAUCGAGUCUGGAGCUGACGACGGCUGAUCGAAUGUAUCAGAAAACGAGCUCUUUCGUGGACAUUUACCCGGAUGAAGAGAAGCAGCACCUGCUCAAUGGCGCGAGAGCGCUCUCGAGAAAAUUGAGCUACAAACCGGCAGUGAACUAUUGGCCGCCUCAUGAUCAAAUUGAGUACCUGAAGUCGUCCGCGCGGACGAGGCAGUGGGGAAUCGUCGGAGAUUUGUUGGCCGAGCUCUUGGGCACGCAAGAAGAGGAUCCUCUAAAAUCGCUUCUGCAGCUGAACCUCGCCGAGUUCACGGACGUAAUCCGCUGGGCUGCAGAAGACGGCGAAGAGAGAGUCGUGAGGCUGCUGACCGACCGCGAUUUGGCGGACGUGCAUUCUCCGACCUAUCUGGCUGCAUUCCACCAUGCCGCGCAGGUCGGCCACGCGGGGGUCGUCAAGCUGCUGCUGAAGCAUUGCAGGAAAGUGCACAAGAGUUUCAAAGAGUUCAUCAACUCGAGGGAUCUUCCGGAUCAUCAAGACACGGCUCUGCACAGCUCUUGCGCGAAUGGCCAUGUGGGAGUAGUCCGAGAGCUGCUGGAUGAGGCCUUCAUGCCGGAAUUGGACCUGAAUUCGCGCAAUCGCCAGGGGGACACUCCGCUCCACAUCGCCAUCACGAGAGGCAUCGAGACCAAGAACUUGGACGUCGUCGACUUGCUUUGCUCCAAAGGGAAGCAGAAGAAGUUGUUGAUGAACAAGAAGAACAAGGAAGGGAAAACGCCAUACGAGCGCCUCUGGGAGGUGGCCAGCCGAAACACGCUCGACGAGGAGCUGCACGACUGCGCCGAGCUCAUGAAGCAGAUGUUCUUGAAGCAGAAGUCGGUGAAUGACCGUCGCGAUGACUACUACCGUGAGCGCGACUUCCUGCAGAAUGUGGCUACGUCGCUUCUCGUGGGAGCCACUCUCUUGGUCAGCGUUACGUACGGAGGGUUUCUGCAGAUGCCCAAAUUGCCACCACCGGAGGACUUUCUCGAGCCCCAAUCGACCAUUUUUGACCCGAACUCUAAUCUCGGCAGCAGGAAGUACUGGUACAUUCGAGCGAUCGACAUUUUCAGGUGCUCCAAUGCCAUCUCGUUCUUCAUGAGCAUAAUCUCGAUAAUCGCCUCCAUCCGCGUAAUGAUCUCGAGGAGAGAUCGGUCGUUCAUCGAGCGCGAAGUCCGAGACCUCGAACGCUCGAUCCGAGUGGCGUCCAUCGCGCUCACGCUCGCAACUGCGGUUGCGGUCGUCGCCUUCGUCUCCAGCGGGCUCGCGAACAUUCCCGUGGCUGAGAGCGGAUGGUCGAAAGUGAUUUCUCUCUGGGGGAAGCACGAGUACAUUCCUCUCACUCAGUCCACCACGCUGACGACGUCCCUUCUCGGAUCGAUGUUCGUGGCGCCCAUAGUCGUGAUGCCGCUCGCCAAGGAUUACUACUUCUUCUGGUCGGAGUACAGGGCGAACAUGGGCAACUUCCGCCGCUUGAUGUCAUUAUGUUUCGCGACGGCAUUGAUUUCCACCGUCUUGUUACUGGUUUGCAUGGUGGUCUUCGGCAUGGGGCUCUUGUGAUGGUAGCGGUGUUCAUGGUGCAACCCACGCUUCCGACGAUUGGGAAAUCCGUGUGGCGGCCUCGGUACAUAGGCUUGUCGGGGGCCUUGAUUUGGGCAGGAAUGGCUGUGCAUCAGAAUUUUCGAGGAUUUCGCGUGUUGGUGGGGGUGGUGAUGGUGGGGAAUUUCGAUCCAAAGCGACUGGUGGUCUCGGAAGGACGUUUUCAGUUCUCUUACUCGAAGAAUUCGAGCCUCAAAUCAUCCUCGAAGGGAUCAAAGGCUCCGAACUUCUCGACCUGAAAUCUCCCACACGAGAAGAAGAGAAGAAGAGAAGAAGAAGACCAAAAUGUGCAUACGGUUUCCCGCGAGGAAGCGAAUUAGUAAACAUAAUUGCAGUUAUUGAGCACAUAGUACGGUGCGGAAAGGUCGGAAGAAUUCGUGAGCGGUAUGUCGUUGCGAUCGGUGUUUAUCGUCGAUCCGAGGGAAGGUGUAAAAUAUGGUAGUGACAGAACUAAUAGGUACGCUGACACACGAUGUCGUCGUUCGCCGUGGUUUCUGGCCGUGGUUUGCGCAAGAUAUUGUGACAUACAUGACCUUUCGCCUUUGAACGGAAGGACUGCAGUAGACUAGAGUAGGAGCAGGGCCCAAGGCGGAGUUAAGGCCGUGGGGCCCAUUAUACCAUAGGAGCAAGGGGCACGGAACAAGUAAGCCCUUAUUUUAAUGAAAUUCUCAGACCUGGAAGAGACUCGGAAACAGGUGGGGAAGGAUUUAGUCCUUUGCUCGCACAGAUCUUGGUCAUCACAGGGCAUUAUACAUAUACUGAAUACAACAACCGUUUGUUGGAAUACUAUUCAACUUUCUCUCCUCUAUUUCGCUC